AUGGAUCACCACUGUCCAUGGCUGAACAACUGUGUAGGAUUCUCCAACUACAAGUUCUUCCUCCUCUUUCUGGCCUUCUCUCUGCUCUACUGCCUUUUCAUUGUUGCCACAGUCGCGCCCUACUUCGUCAAGUUCUGGCUGGGUCCGUUUUUGAACCACUCGACAGUGAAAGUGCACGUGCUCUUCCUCAUGGUGGUGUCGCUGAUGUUUGCCAUCACACUGUCCUUUUUACUGGGCUUUCACUGCUGGCUGGUCACCAAGAACAAGACCACUGUUGAGUGGUUGUCAGCUCCUUUCUUUCCCUAUGGCCCUGACCGAAGAGCUUUUGAUGUGGGCCUGAAGCCCAAUGUCUUGCAGGUGUUUGGAUCACAAAGAAAGAUUUGGCUGCUUCCUGUUUUUAGCAGUGAUGGCGAUGGGCAGGUCUUCCCUCUGAGGAGGAAGCCUUUGCUCCCUUACACUCAUGGCAUACAAUUAAAUGGAUACUGGGAGGAGGCAGAGACACAUAUAGGGAAACGUGCCUCUAAUGAUUCCUCCAAGUGGUUUUGGGACGUGCAUCAGUCAGAGGUCGGACCAGAUCUCCAUCUGGAAGCUGAAUUGUGUGGCAGUACAAGCUCAAGCGAAGUUAGUAUAUUGAAACAUGUUCCCUCAAAACAUUAGGCCCAUG